UGCAGAAGGAGCUGGAUGGGAGCUGGCGACAAGGGAGGUCAAGAAGAAAUGAACGCUUUCCCUAUCCUGGAGCGGGAGGAGCGCGUGGCAACAGCGUGAAGGAGCGGGAUGAGGAGCAGCACGUGGCAACAGCGGGAGGAAGAAGAAUCACUCUCCUUGUCCUGGAGCGGGCGGAGGAGGAGCGCAGGCAACACCUGGAGCGGGCGGGGGAGGUACCACGCGGAGAGCUCUCCCUCUCUCUGCCUUUCCAUUCAUUUCUGGCGAACACCGCACCGCACCGCACCACCAUGUCUCUCGCUGUUAUCGUCGUCUCGCUCCUCUUGCUCCGCGGCGCAUCGCAGCCGUCCGUCAUGGCGCAGAUGCCCGACGUCAUGCCACGUGGGCAGAUCGGCGGCGAGGCGGGUAUCGAGCGAGCCAUGUCUCUUUUCCGCAUAUGGGAGGAGGCCUAUGGAUUGAAACCCGACGUUCACUUGCCGCCCGCGAAAAUCACCUUGCCGGCCAUCGUGCCGCGCGCGCCGCACCUGGAGGACUGCGAGGCGCUGACGACGGCGAGGAAGGAGUCGGAGCGACGCGGAGGGGACGGGGAGCCUCCCCUGUGGGCGCGGGCUGUGAAUAACUGCUCGGAAUGCAACCCCCAACCACCAUGGGUGUGCGGGUCCGAUGCGGGCAAUCUACCGCUGACGCGCGUGGUGCAGCGGGACCUGUGGUGGGAGCACCAGCUGUUUCCCCUGCCAUUUUCUCUUCCAUGUCUCUCCCCACCCCACCUCCCCUCGCGCCUGCCUUCCCCCCAACCAGGUGCGCGGGUCCGAUGCGGACAAUCUACCGCUGACGCGAGUGGCACAGCGGGACCUGUGGGAGCACCAGCUGCUUCCCCCGCCUCCUCCCAAUCUCUCUCUCCCCACGGCUCUCCCCACCUCCCCUCGCGCCUGCCUUCCUCCCAACCAACCAGCUGCGACGGCAGGCGCCUGCUCGUCGUGCCGUGGCCCACCAAGACCCACCACGGCGUGGGCUCACAGAUACACGUGAUGAGCACUUUCCUGAGCCUGGCCUUGAGUCACAACCGCACAUUCCCUUCUCUCCCGCCUCCCUCCCUUGCACCCACCCACCGGCACCAUCAGAUACACGUGAUGAGCACUUUCCUGAGCCUGGCCUUGAUUCACAACCGCACACUCGUGCCCGCGCCUGGCUCCACGGGCGGGGCGUGGGGUUGCUACUUCCCCAUAGUGAAUCCCGAAUGUGAGCGCGUGGUAUCGGCCACAAAGACAGGUGGGGCGUGGGGUUGCUACUUCUUCCCCAUAGUGAAUCCCGACUGUGAGCGCGUGGUCUCGGAUAUGACAGCCAGCAGCACCAUGCCCCCUCUCUCCUCUGACAAAGUGGGCCACAAUCGCCUCGCUGCCUCGGGCGACCCUGUGGUGCAUCUCAACGCCAGCUGCGACAGCCAGAUGAAGCUUGAGGCGCGUGCUGCUAAUGAGAGGGUUAUGAGGCCUGGGCGGGCUGAUGAUUUAAGGUUGUGGCGAGGUGAAGGGGGUGAGGAGGUGUGUGAGAUGUGGAAGGGGCUAUGGGGCGAUGCGUACGCGAGGGCCCCGAAUGUGGUGGAUUACACUCAUUCGGGGAGCAGCCGCACGUUGACACCCAACAUCGAUGGCUAUGGGGCGAUGCGUACGCGAGGGCCCCGAAUGCUAUGGGGCGAUGCGUUCGCGAGGGCCCCGAAUGUGGUGGAGUAUAUGGGGGAGCAGCCGCCUGCUGAGACCAAUCACCCCGUGGUGCGUGCGUGUGUGCGCUCGCUUUCUCAUGGGAGUGGUUGUGCACUGGUGGCGAUCCCAGUUGGCGCGCUUCAUAACGCGCUGGUUGGCGGUGUGGCGCCCACACCGCGUGCACUGGUGGCGAUCCCAAUCAACGCGCUUCAUGCUGCGCUGGCCCUCGCUUCACACGUGCACUGGUGGCGAUCCCAGUCAACACGCUUCAUGCUGCGCUGGCCCUCCCCUCACACGUGCCACCAAAUCAACAAGGAGCGCCACACCGCCUACGGCCUCCUCACCGCAUCCCACCUCUCGCGCUACACCGAAACCCAGACCGAGAUCCUCCGGGCCGUCGCAGGCAACACAUCCGAGUCACCCGAAUCCAAGAAACUUUCCGAGAUUUCCGCGGGCCCUCCGGGACCCAUUGAAUCGCAAGUCUGGACCGUCCGGGGGUUCGCGGGGUGUAAAGAGACCUGCAUGAGUGCUGCAGAUGCCAAGGCGAUUAAGGAGACGUACGCAUCGUUGGGAGGGGAGCCGUUUGUGAUGCGGCCGAUCGUGAGUGUGCACGUGCGGCAGAGCGACAAAGGGACUGAGAUGCGCCUGUCGCCGCUCGCCACGCACAUGUUCUUUGUGCAUCGGCUGCGCCGCCACGUGCCGGACCUGCGACACGUGUGGCUCAACACCGAGAUGGAGGUGCGUUGUGAGUGGACUCCAAGGCUUGCACGUGCGGCAGAGUGA